GCCCUGGGCCUGGGGAGGCGGGGCCUCCACGACGCCCGGCGCAUGCGCGACGCCUGGCUGCUGGGCCCCGCGGCAGUUCCGCCCGCCGCGGCUCCUGCGGCUGGCACCGGGGCUGUGGCGGGAGGGACGAUGCCGCAGCCCGAGUCCCGGAAGGCGGCGAUCCUGGGCUGCGGGCAUCGCGGAAAUUGAAAAUGGCCCUUCAGCUAUGCUAGGUCUAUAAUGGGAAGUGUCACAGUUCGAUAUUUCUGUUAUGGGUGCCUUUUUACAUCUGCGACCUGGACAGUUUUGCUUUUUGUUUAUUUCAACUUCAGUGAAGUGACUCAGCCACUUAAGAAUGUGCCCUUCAAGGGGCCUGGACCCCAUGGACCAUCUCCCAAAAAAUUCUAUCCCCGUUUCACUCGAGGUCCAAGUCGAGUACUUGAGCCACAGUUCAAAACAAACAAAAUCGAUGAUGUGAUAGACAGUCAUAUUGAAGAGCCAGAAGGCCACUUGAAAUUCUCUUCUGAAUUAGGUAAAUGUAAAGCAAAGUUCUACCCACCUGAUCUGCCGGCUGCUAGUGUUGUUAUCUGUUUCUACAAUGAAGCUUUUUCUGCCCUGCUUCGGACGGUGCACAGUGUCGUAGACCGCACGCCAGCACAACUGCUUCAUGAGGUCAUCCUUGUGGAUGAUGACAGUGACUUUGGUAAGGAAUGCAGUAACUGGUAA